UAUCAAGACAUUCAGCUACACCAGCUCAGUGUUGACAAGGAAGUGACUGAAGAGAACAGAUAUGGGCAGGGAUCAGACAGACUGGCUUGGUUUUGGAGAGUCAACAACGGUCAUGAUUUGAAGGAAGAUGUGUGGAUGGAUGAAUUCUACAGGGUAAAUUGGUUGAAAGCUAAGGCUAGAUGGCAAAGGUGGGAGGAAGAGUUGAGAUUGGUCCAACACGAAAUGGGUUGGACAGUGAGUUGGUUUAAAUACAGGAUGGGAGAAUGGGACCAAAGAUACCAACAAGCUACAAAGCCCGGUCAUCAAGCUUAUGCACAUCGACAGGUGCUCUUGUGGGGAAGAUUUGCAUUGGAUGCUGAAAAUUCAUUCAAAGACAAGUUGAUUGUAGUCACUUAA